AUGGCACAGGCAGGUGAGAGGGGAGGAGUUGCGGAGCAAAUUGGGCGAGAGUGGGGCACCACGGGUCCGAGUGAGGAAUCGCAGAGGCUAAAUUACAAGGGCGUGGGCGUAGGCAGGUCAGCGAUACAUUUCACAACCUUUACAUGAAUUGAAUUCGGGCGUGAGAGAGAGUGAUUGUGGUAGCGAGAGCGAGAUAGCGAGAUUGCGAGGGGAGAGGGGAGGAGACGAAGCUCGUGGAGAAGACGGACGGAGGGGGGUGAGCGAAACAACGAGGCGGGCGAGGACAGGGAAGAUUUUGUGUCACAGAGCGGAGGAGGUCGGGAAAGAGUCCAAUCGAGGUCUUAGCGGGGAGAUUGGUGAGCGCCCACCUGUUCUGAGAGGAACCAGGAGGAGGCGGACACGUUUUGCUGGAGGGAUACGCGAGGGGGAUCUGAACGAAGACUGGUUCUUCUCCUUCUUCAUCUUCAUCUUUUUCUUCUUCUUCUUCUUCUUCUACGAUCCUGGGAAUGCGAAGCAUACGACGCGCGGGGGCAGACAGGCUUCUUCACCGAACGUGAGUCGGGGUGGUGUGCUGGCGACGAACAGCGAGCGAGAGCUAGAUUGCAAGAGAGUGGACCUGGAACUGGAACUGGGAACGGGACCGGGACCGGGCCAGAUUUGAGAGCGAGCGGGUUCUUGAGGGAAGUGGGGGUAAUUUGACUUGGGCAGCGAAGCAGGAGAACUGGACUGGUCUUGCGCUCGUGGGCGAGAUAAUAUACUUAAUUAAGCCAAGCUUUGAGAGCCGUGGGGGCGAGGGGGCGCCACAGCAAAGUCUUUGGGACUGGGCCUUGGUGAAAGAGGAAGGAUCCGGCGCAGCUUGAACCUCGCGGAGUCGGUGUUGGUUUUCCUCACUGCCUGUUGGUGUGCCCUCUCGGUCUCUUCACAGAAGCUCAAUCGGAGCGAGAGCCGGCGAGUUCCGGUGUUAUAGGAAUUGCAGUGCAGAAGUUUUCAUUUUUUUCCUUAAGCUAACAACAUUUAAGAUAUAGAUAUAGAGGCGGUGCUAAUUAGCUCCGGAGUAGCUGCAAAUGCAGCCAGGGGUGGGCGUUGGGUUCCAGUGAUCGAGAGAGAGAGAGAGAGAGAGCUGCCGAGCUGCAGAUCCCGUCGAGUGCACGCAGAUUGCCAAUCCGACAGACGACGACUACUCGGCACUGAGAAGUGAGGUGCGCCGACAAGCGAUGAAGAAAGAGCAAGGUACCACCCUUACAUGGGAGGAUGAACAGGUUGCGCAAGAGGAUUGAGGGCUGGGAAUGCUGAGUGGUAUCGCAGUAGCCACAAAGCUUUACACCGAAACGUUUGCGUGAAGUUUGUAGAGGUCGCGUCGUCCGGCUUUGUGAAUUCAAACAUAGAGGCAUUGCCUCCGAAAGGAAAAAUUGUGGAAGGUCCCGAUAAGCAGGGAAGGAUGUACGCGGCACUGAACACCCGAGAUGUGGAGAAAGCUUGGGGAUUCGAAAGCAAGAUCAUGCGAGGUCCUCCAGACUGGUCGAGGAGGGAUUACAAAGUGAAAGUCAUCGACUUGUACUUGUUUCCUUUGGAAAUUUCCGUCGAUGAAGCCGUCAUAUUCAACCUCGUGAAGGACAGGGUGAGGGAGCAGACUCGCGUCUGGUGGAACAUGGAGGCCAGUAAAGGGGCGGGAUGGUACCUGCAGUCUGACAUAUCCUCCAUCUCCGACCAAUUUGUGCCUGCAUCCUUAUCUAUCUCCACUCUGACCAGCACUCUUCAGCUGAAGAAGCUCAUCAGAAAGGGGAUUCCUCCCACCCUUCGGCCUAAGGUUUGGCAAGCCGUCUCAGGUGCUUCUCGUAAGAGAUCGAAUGUGCCUGAAAGUUAUUACGAGGACCUUUGUCAAGCUGUCAUCGGAGCACAAACUGCGUCCACGCGCCAAAUCGAUCAUGAUUUGGCGAGGACUUUUCCAUCGCAUCCUUGGGUGGAUUCUCCAGAAGGACAGGCUACGCUUCGCCGAGUUUUGGUUGCCUACUCAUUUCGCGAUUCGAGUGUAGGCUACUGUCAGGGAAUGAAUUACGUGGCAGCAUUGCUUUUGCUCGUAAUGAAAACCGAGGAGGACGCAUUUUGGAUGCUCGCUGUUCUCCUAGAGAAUGUUUUGUUCAGCGAAAGCUUUGCUGAAGAUCUACGGGGCUGCCACCUUGCCCAACGUGUCUUCAAAGACUUACUGAAGAAGAAGUUUCCAAGGUUGGCGCAACAUUUGGAUCAAAUUGGAUUCGAUUCCACGCUUGUCACUACGGAGUGGUUUCUUUGUUUGUUCGCUAAGAGUUUCCCAUCGGAAACUACCAUGAGGGUUUGGGAUGUGCUCUUCAACGAAGGUGUGAAGGUUCUCUUCAGAGUUGCGUUAGCCACUUUUAAGCUGAACGAGGAGGCACUGUUAGCGGCUAAGCACGCAGGGCAAGCCAUAAAAAUUUUGCAAGACUCUAUGUCUCAUCUCUAUGACCCGGAUGUCCUUCUGAAGAUAGCAUUCGACAAGGUAGGACAGCUGUCAGUCAACACCAUCAACAAACAGAGCAAGAAGGAGCAACCGCAAUUGAUGGCUGACCUGCAGCGCAGAUUGCAGAGACUGAGCUCUCCAGAUUCCCCGACUCCCUGCCCAUCCACUGGCAGUCCGUAGGAACAGGGUUAUGAGAAACAUACCCUUUGUAUAGUACAAACUUAUCAGUCCCAAUGUCCCCGGCUUCAAGGCCAUUUGGAUGGUGUAAGAAAAAGCUAUCAGUCCAUUUUUUGGCUCACAACGAGUUCACUGACAAUACGGUGAGCUUUCUGUGAUCCACCGUCUUCAGCAUAGACGGUGAUCCUCUCUGAGGUGUGUAUAUUCCUGAAAAAAGUUCGGUAAGAUAGAUAGUGUUGUAAGUUAACGUUAGCCAUCAGCCUGGCCAGAGGAUGGAUGAUAUUGUUCAAUGAUGUAUAGGUCCUGGAAGGUCUGAAGAGAAAACAGUUUUGGUACGCAUGAUAUUUCCGACGAUAUCGUGUCUACUCUGAGGAAAAGAACAAAAUUCAAUAAAAUGUCCAAUUCAAAUGAUAAUCAUCGCUGGAUAUCUGGAAUUUUUCCCCAGACUAGAACUGCUCUCGCCAAUUUCCGGCCUUCAUGGAUUGCCCUUUGGCAGAACAGGUUUAAACACACCAGAACGGGAACGGUGUUCAAUAUUAAGAUAGUGAGAUGUUGUAGUUUUGCCUACCAGUUUGACGUACAGUUGCCAAGCGUUUUUGGUGUGAGAGAAUACACAAUGUCAAUCUCUGCCGACCGCAGACUCAACCUCAGCAGCAGUGAAUAAAC